GUGGUAGCGUCCAUUUUUUUAUACGUGUUGUGUAAUGUAAAAUUGGCGGUUUCAGUUGUUUUGAUAGAUAAUUGUAUUGUUGGGUAAAUUUAAUUCAUAGUUUUAUCCUAACUUUGUAUUGUGAAAAUAUUAGAAUCACAAUCUUGUUAUUUGUUGCUUGUUUGUUAUUAAUCAUGGCACGAUUGUCAUUUAUAGAAAGACGCCAUUGUGAAACGUAGAACCCUGUAUUUUGUGUGGGUAAUUUUAAUUUUAAAGUGUGAACCUAAAUGGAUACUUAUGCCAAUAACACUUUGAUAUGUAAUAUAGAAACAGAUUUGUUAAUGACUUUGGCAGAGCCAUUCAAAACUAUUUUAGACUCAACAGAAACUGAUGCUAAUAUCAUUCAACAAAAAAAUGAUGCAUGGACAGAAAUUUCUAAACAGUACAACAUCAAGAGACGUUUUAAAAAGAAAACUUGUCGUGAACUGAGGAAGACAUAUCUAAGAAUGGUGAUCAAAAGCAGAAAUAAGUCUUCAGAAAUGCAAACUGAAGAAGACAAGAAGCCUAAAUUGAAGAAGAUAAAAUUGUCUUGCGAAAGCGAUGAAAUUUCUCAUCAAGACACUAGUAAUACUUUAUUAAAGAAGGAGAAUUUGUUGGUUUCAGCGUCUGGUGAGAAACAAAUAGACAAUUUUCUACAUUGUUCCAACUCCACCAGUAAAAAAGUAAAGAAAGGAAGAACGGUUUUAUCUAAAAAUUGUAUGGUGAUCAUGCGACCAAUCUCUAAGGCACAACUGAAAGCUCUCUCAGACUCACCAAUAAAGAUGGUGACUUCUGUUUCACAGAGCAGUCCACCCAGAAGCAAAGAAUCAUCUGUUCUUUCUUCAGUAGCAUCGUAUCUUAAAGUUUCCCCGAAGCGUGAAACACUGGCAGGUGAGAAUGUUGGUGUCAAGAUUCCAGUAACGAGCACAGCUACACAGGCGAGUAUCUGUGAUAUGGUAAGCCAAGGAAAAAGUAGCAUAGGGGGUGCAUCAUUGCCACGUCGGACAUCUUCUCCGAGCUAUCGGAACACACCGAGUCCAAUCAGGAAGACACACGUACACCCUGACUUAACAUCUCCUGGCUCCAACUUCAGCAGUACUCCUGGUUGUGCGACCCUCACAACAAGCAUGGCACAGACCAGCACAUCCUCUGGCAUCUCAGUUUCCAGCUCUCCUAAUAUUCUCCAGCUGCAGUCUCCAGAGGAAAAUAUUAAAAAGACUGUCGUGAACACGUAUUCAAAAAUCCACCCACAAGUUUUGCGUGAGGCAGCAUCUUUAUCGCCAUCCAAAACACAGUUCAUGAAAAACGUAAUGUGGCCUGCGAGUGCCGCACAACCUGCUCGUUAUGCACGUUACAGCAAUUCCAGGGCCUCCAUCACAGAGCCCACAAGCUUAGUAUCUACCUCACCAAAAGUUUCAAGUGAACAUUUCCUCUCAUCAUGUAAAGAAGUUGGAAGCAAACCGGCAAACGAUGCAUUAACCUCCUCCCCACCAAAAGAUGCUAGCUGUAAACCUGGAAAUGUUGCUCCAUUAUUCAACACACCAAAAAUCACAAGUUGUAAGCCUGCAAACGUAGUCCCGACUUCUGCUUCUCCUCUUAAAGUUGUAACUUGUGUGCCAACUAAAGUAGUUGUCAAAACCACUGGGCCCAAAGUUGUGAGCUGCAAUUCUGCUAAUGUGGUCCCCACCUCCACCCAACCGAAAGUAGCAAGCAGCAGCCCUGCUAAUGUAGUUCCUACUGCCCCCCAAAACAAAGCCGUCAGCUGCAAGUCCACCUACAUAGUUCCCACUUCCUCCCCCCUGAAGGUUGCAAGCGGCAAGCCAGAGAGUGAAAACGUGACUGUCAGCACGUCGAAAGCUGGCGGUGCAGACCCGGCCGGCGGGAAGAAGCUCACCAGGUACCAUCUGGUUCCGGCUUCCCAGGCCAUGGCUCUCCUUUCUAGGACAGCGAGCCGCUCCCGCCCGAUGGAGAGCGUGGCUGCUCUGCCCCAGACUCCUUCACCUGUGGAGGACCCCCUGACAUCAGUCACUACCGCAGUCGGCACGUCAGCAGCAAGCCCUUUGAGAGUUACCAGUCCAGUAGUUUCAUCUGUGUAUUCUUUUGAGGAGAGCCAGGACGAGGGCGCGGCGACGGCCGAGCCGGACAUCCUGCACAUCCGUGUGCUGGAGGCGAACCUGGACGUGCGCGCGGCGCGGGCGCGGGUCGAGGCGGAGGAGGCGCUGCGCGAGGAGGCACUGGCCAAGCUGGCGAUGGCGCGCGCCGAGAUGGACCACCAGGUGCUCCGACACAGGGUGGAGCUGCGCCACCUGCGCCGGGUGAACGCCCUGGCGCUGCGGCACGCCAAGGAGCUCCACGCCGCCGCGCUGGCGCUGCGCAGGAAAGAAUGAGUGGUUGACUGAAGACACCAAGCAAGACACUUGCUUUUGAGGUCAGGAUUUUCAAAGUUUUAUUGCUGUUUGGGAAGCAAAGUGCAGUGCUGAUUUGGGGACUUUUUUUUCUGUGUUGUGUAAGAUAGUUUGAAGAUUAAGGAUGUUAUUUUAAGCAAUAUGUUGCCUGUAAUGUUGAAGAGGAAAGGUUUAAUCAGUUUGCAGGGCAAUAGUGGUGACAAGAGAUACCUCACCGGAUGAAGCAGCGAUAAGCUGGGUCUUGGUGGUUGUGCACUAUUUGCAUUUGUUCCUUUUUGCAACAAAAUAUUCUAUUAUAAGUGACUUCAAGUCGAUGCAACACCUUAAGGGAGCAGGUAACAGUUGUGCUUCCUAAAGUGAGUUUUAGCUGAGUGUGGCAGUGUUAAGUGUUAAUUUUCUUACCAAUCCCCUAUCUCGCAAGUAGCUUAAUGUCACCCAAGUUAAUUAAACCUUUUUUUAAAUAUCAGAGUAAGAAUACCCAAAGUCAUGUUUUUUCAACACUGGUUUUGUUUAAUCAAUGCAUUGAUGUUUGUAUUUUGAUUUAUGACAGAAGAAAAAUAUUUCAAAAGUGUUCAAGUAAACAUGAAUAAACUAGAGACUGUAAUCAUUUCUUUAACAAGUUUCCAAUGUGAAAACUAUAUUUUAGUCUCCUAUGGCAUUAACUGCGCUGAUUACCUGCACCAGUUAUUAGUGAAAUGUUCAGAAAUAGCUCUGAUGCAUAAUUUUGUGCUUGAUUUGAUAUCCAUCUCUGAAAGCUCAUUUUAUUUAAUAAUUAAGUUUGAUUUGGAAAUUUUUAAGGAACUUAUGGAAGUGCCUGUCUUGUAUUAAUAUGGUUUUUUUUAAUAGUUUUAUUGUGUGUAUUUGUUCGUUGUUUUAAGCUUAAAAAAACUAUCAUGUACUCUGAGAGAGUUAAGCCAAGAAAAUUUAACACCAAAUAUUAUGAUUGAAAAUGAAAAUAUUUGAACUACACUAUUUGUUAAUUUUUAUUAGUUUUGUCACAGACUUUACACUGUGAGACUGUAAGUCAAUCAGCCACACUAUUUAAAUUACAAAAUGAGUUAAAGCAUGAUGGUUGUGUAGUUACCAGCUUUUGGAACACACUACUUCUGCUCCCAGCUACGUCACCGACUCAGUCUAUGAAGUAUCACUCGUUACCUCUGGGCCUCAAAAUAGCUCAGUCAGCACUUUCUAUUGUAUCGUGUUUGUAUCUGUGUUCAAAAUGUUUUGUGCAUGCUGCAUCGAGCAUAGGAAUCCGUUAUUGGUAGGAUUUGUAAAUUAAUCAUCUAUCAUACCAUUUUUGUAGUAUAUGCAUACGUUUCAGAGAAUGUCAUUAGUAUUAUCUGUUUUAUGGAAAAGAAACUUUUUUCUGAAGGACCAUUAAAAAUACGAAGACAAUUGGUUACGCAAAUUAAACGACAGCCAUAUUCCAUUGAACUAUUUUAUUUACUCAGCUUUGUCUAUGGUAACACUACAAACAAAUGUUUAUAAUUAUGCACGAACACUGUUUCGAAUUCUAUCUGGUAUGAAGAUUUUAUAUAAAAAAAUAAAAGUAAUAUGUACCAAACGUUUUUUGAUUACUGUUCAGUAACAUUUCGUCUUUACUAUCAUUAUAUUUUUAAGCUGCUAGAAGAUAUACAUUUAAUUUUUGGUUACUUUAAUGAGUAUUAUCGAGAGUGCAAAAUUAUUUGGCAGUGUAUGGUGCAUCCUUAAUUUAAUUAUUCUGUGUAAUUUACAGCUAACAAUCAAAAUACUUAAAUGAAUAAACAAAAGACUUCUAUGUAAACUUUCCAGCAUCUGUUGCUUCUGUGUAAGGGAUUUGAUUGAUGUUUGUUGGUAUUGAUGGAAAUGCUAACCAUAGUCCAUGUCAAAGUAUCCAAAUUCUGGUGUUAAGCUGUGAACCUUAUCAUAUGCUAGAUGAAGGGUGUGAUUUAAUAUUUUAAGACUGUUUGUGUGGCUUUUUAUAUAAUGAAUAAAAUCAUGUAUAAAAUGUCGUUAACUUAAAUGGAGUGUUCUUUUCUGCCACUGUUUUUAUUUCAGAUGUGUUCAUAAUUUGUGCUAUUCAUAAAUACAGUUCUGUAAAUAACUUAUGUAUCUCCAAGCUAACAAACUUAAUACUGUAAUUACCCGAUAAUAAUGUGAGUGAAUAUAUAAUGUGACCCCAAACUUUUUGAUUAUGUGUUUAUGAAAAAAUGUUAAUGGCUUGGAAAUUGCGAUUCAAGUCCAUGAAACUUGAAAAUUAUUAAAUUAUUUGAUUUAUGCCAUAUUUACUAGACCAUUUCUAGUGCCACUUUCCUCAGUAGAGUGAUUUACAUGGUUUCUUUAGAAACAGCAAGCUGCAGCUAAAAAAAAAUGUGUAUUGUGACUUUUUCAAAAUAAUGUGGUCAUUAUUGUGGUUAACAGCAGUCAAAAAUGGCAUAAGUGACACUUUUAAGAGGCAGAGCCUGUAGUUUUUCAACUAAGCUGUUCCCAAAGGCAAUAUAAAAGUUUGUGAUUAUAAUGGGACCUUUAACUUUAAAUUUUCCAAAGUUUUGGUAAAAAUCAUAGCAUUAUUUUCAGAUAAAUGCAGUAUUUUGUUUUUAUUGUUAUAUGAGUACAGAUUUGUUGUAAACUAUGAGAUGAUAUUUUGUAUAAAAAAAAUUGCAAUUUUCAGUGAAUCUGCAAGAAUGACUUAAGUAUUUCAAUUUCAAGAGAAUAUUUACAGAUUGUGAUUGUGAAAAUUUAGGUUCCCCCCCCCCCCCCCUUUUUUUUCUCUCUCUCUCUCAUUUGAUCUGACUUGUGUUAUUUUUGUCAGAGGUUAAGUAAUGUUUGAAACAUGUAAAACCUUGCACCUGCAAAGUUGUGAUUUGUGUAUAUGUGUGAAGUUUAGAUCUAUACAAACCAUUUUAUGGCAGAAAAUUAACAAUUUUCUUUGUUCUUAUAACAAUGUUUGUUUUACAGCAAAGGUGUUAAGAAUUCAGACAAUAACUAAAUAAUUGAUCAGUUGUGUUGAAUUACCUGCGUGCAGUUCAAGCCAAGUGACAGUCCAGUCUACAAACGAGUGCACUUUUUUGACAGCUGUGUAUGAUGUAUUAAGCUGUCUGUCCACACAAAGUAUUCCAUUUAAAAAAAAAUAAA